CAAAGCCAUGAGGUCUCCUGCCCCUCCUCUGACUGGAAAGCUUCCCCCCCUCCCUCCAGAUGAUGUCGAGAGCAGUCGGUGAUUCCAUCCCGUUCAUGACCCAGUUGGAGUGCCCAGGCUGGAAAGGAGAGGAGAAAAAAUCAUUCUAUAAGGAUCCCACGAUGGACUCUCCUGGGAUUCAAGUGGGAGAGGAAGGACAGUCCACCAUCACCAUCUGGACCCUCUUCAGCAUUAUCUCUAGCAUCCUGAGCCGGCCCAAGGCUUCCAAAGUAUCCAUGCCAACGACUUCAAAUUCAGGGCGUUCCAGUGCUGAGCCCUGUGUGGUUCCCCACCAGACCUCAUCUUCCUGGCUGGGCAACCGCCAACCAUUCAAGAACAUCUUUUAUUCUUCAGAAUCUUUUAAUGAAUACCUGUACUCUAGCUCCCAGUUCCAAAAAGAUUUUCCCAUGGCUUGGAAAAAUGAACACCCACAGAGACGUGCCAACGGCCUCCCCAAGGUCCUACCCAACAACCAUGUCCAACAUAGUCGGCACGGGGUUCCAAGCAAAACUCCACUAACUACCGAGUCCCAAAGGAAGAGGUCUUCCAAGUUGCACUUAGAACAGACCAUGGCCUCUACAGAGCCUGAGAAAGCGGCAGAGUUAAACCAUGAGUGGCUCACCCAACAAGAGGACAAGUCCUUGAUGGCUUCAAAGAAGACCAGUUCCAAGCCCACAUCCUCCGAAUCUACCAAAAUGCCCCACGUUUCCACCCAGACCUCCCUCUCCCCAUACCCUGAGGCCUCUCCUAACCAUCUUAUUAAAGCUUCAGAGCCUUCCCCCUCCCAAUCCCCUAAGACCCCACAGCCCUUUCCCUCCCCCACACAGCCCUCCUCCUUCACCAAGGUCCUACAACCCUUCCCCUCUGCCAAGGUCACACUUGAACAGUCCACCAAAGUGUCACCCCCCCAGGUCACCAGAUCCUUACCCAAACAGUCCAAGAAGCCCUCAUUCCAUCCAACUACCAAGACCUCACCUGACCAGUUUACCAAGGACUCAAAUGCACACCCCAGGAAGGCCUCAACUGGCCAGGCAGGCAGGUCACACUCCGGUCACUCCCUUAAGUCCACUGCUGUCUCAUUCACACUAUACUCUCCAGACUCCACCACUCACUCAAAGGAAGCUUCACUCCACCCGUUUACUAAAGUCUCAUCCAAACACUCCAAGAAGUCCUCCUUCCACCUCUUUGGCAAAGCUUCACCCAAACACUCCAAGAAGUCCUCCUUCCACCUCUUCACCAAAGCUUCACCCAAACACUCCAAGAAGUCCUCCUUCCACCUCUUCACCAAAGUCUCACCCAAACACUCCAAGAAGUCCUCCUUCCACCUCUUCACCAAAGCUUCACCCAAACACUCCAAGAAGUCCUCCUUCCACCUCUUCACCAAAGCUUCACCCAAACAUUCCAAGAAGUCCUCCUUCCACCUCUUCACCAAAGUUUCACCCAAACACUCCAAGAAGUCCUCCUUCCAUCCAACUACCAAGAUCUCACCUGACCAAUCUACCAAGGACUCAAAUGCACACCCCGAGAAGACCUCCCUCGGCCAGGUAGACAGGUCACCUUCUAGUCACUCCCUUAAGUCUACUGCUGUCUCACUCACACUGUACUCUCCAGAUUCCCCUAGUCACUCAAAGAAGACUGAUCAGUCCAAGAAGAUCUAAAAGCCCCCUCCAACAAAACCUCUCCCAGAGCCUUAUCCUAACCAUCUUGCAGAACUUUACCUAUCGGUCCAGAACGGCUUCAUCUUACCCAUCUACAAAGGCCUCGUGUCAUACCAAGUUGGUGAAUCCUGAUCAGUCCAAUGUGCCAGAGGAGACUCUCUACCCCCAAACUGGGGAGUUCUCUCCAUGGGCUCUGGGACUCACUCAUUGAACAUUCUGGAAUCAGAUUAAGCCUCCACAUAAGAAAGUCCAAAGUCCCAAGCCUUUUAUCCCUUGCUUUCUCAAGGUCCCAAGUAUCCCACUCCUUAAUUCCUCCUAGAGAGCUAAAUAUUCCUCCCCUUCAACCCUCAUUUGUCUCUGAAAUCAAAUCAUCUCUCCCCACAUCUCAAGCUCCCCGAGAGAACAGGGUAUCCUUUGUCUUAAUCCCAUCCUCUUUAAGGACUUAAUGGACUAAUUGCAACUCUCCUCUCUCAAUCCCUCCAGUUUACCUUUGCUCACACCCAUGACUCACAACCUCGGUCAAAAAUUCCAUGGUAGGAUCCUGAGUUAAGGUAAUGAAUGUCAUGAUCAUGACCCUAGAGUCCAAACUUCCAUCCCGUUAACCCUCUCAGACUCAGAUACCUAGUCUUCAAAUUCCCUUUACUACAACUCGGGGUCUAGGCCAACAGCUCUGUCCUCCUUGAAGACCUUAGGCCACCAAAUCCCUUUACUAUGACUUUCCUCUUUAAUAGGUACCUUGGUGUUGGGGAGAUGCUUUCACUUCCCCUAGCCCACUGGAAGAUGAGAUCCAAAGAUGCUCUUGGCCUGAAAUGUAUUUGGGACUGAUAAGGGACUUAUGGUUCCCAGACCAACCUAUUAAAAAUCUAUG